UCAAAAUACCCUUUAAAAAAGUCAUACUAGUACAACUUUGAGCGUUGAUUUUGGAUCGGACGGUGCACAACACAAGUACACAACCCAUACAAACCCUCCGGGCUCCAGCUAGCGACACUUGUCACCGCCACCGAAGGCCCAUGCGCGUCCAGCCGGAGGCCCAUCACAGGCCCACCGCCGCGACACGUGUCCCCUCCUCCCGCAACCUCACCGACGGCCUAGCAAUGGCGAUACUACUACUAGCACUACUCACCUCCGCCCCUUCCAGAACCUUCCUUUCCCGAAAUAGCCACCGACCCCCGCCACCGCAAGAUCCCCGCCGCCAGCGAGCUAGCUCGACCUGUCCGGCUCCGGCCCCCUCUUUCAGCUGCCGCGCUCCUUCUUUGUCGGUGGGAGGAGGUGAGGUGAGAUGAUGUUGAAGAGUCCGGUGAAGGAGGAGGAGGGGAGCCGCGGGGGCGGAGGCGGCUCGGAGGCUGUGGGGGAGGAUGCGGGGGCGGGGGCGGGGGCGCCGAGGCCGAUGGAGGGGCUGCACGACGCCGGGCCGCCGCCGUUCCUGACGAAGACCUACGACAUGGUGGACGACGGCGGCACCGACGGCGUCGUGUCGUGGGGCGCCGCGGGCAACAGCUUCGUGGUGUGGGACCCCCACGCCUUCGCCACCGUCCUGCUGCCCAGGUUCUUCAAGCACAGAAACUUCUCCAGCUUCGUCAGGCAGCUCAACACCUAUGGUUUCAGAAAGGUUGAUCCUGAUCGUUGGGAAUUCGCAAAUGAGGGUUUUCUUAGGGGACAAAGGCAUCUUCUCAAGAAUAUCAAGCGUCGAAAACCGCCUUCCCAUACUGCUUCAAACCAGCAAUCUCUUGGGCCAUACCUUGAGGUGGGGCAGUUUGGAUAUGAUGCUGAGAUUGACCGGAUGAAGAGAGACAAGCAAUUAUUGAUGGCUGAGGUGGUGAAGCUAAGGCAGGAGCAACAGAAUACAAAAGCACAUCUGAAAGCCAUGGAGGAUAGGCUACAGGGAACUGAGCAGAGGCAACAACAGCUGAUGGCAUUCCUGGCACGUGUCAUGAAGAAUCCUGAAUUUCUAAAGCAACUUAUGUCCCAGAAUGAGAUGAGAAAGGAGCUCCAAGAUGCCAUUUCCAAGAAAAGAAGAAGACGCAUAGAUCAGGGACCUGGAGUCGACAACAUCGACAUCGCGACCAGCAGUGGCCUAGAGCAAGAGUCACCGAUACCGUUCGAUCCCCAGGAGUCGGUGGAGAUCCCAUUUGAUCCCCAGGAGUCGAUGGAAUUCCUCAUCGACGGGAUUCCGUCCGAUUCUGAAAACACAGCAAUGGAUGCUGGAGGUCUGGUGGAACCACAUGAUUUCGACGUUGGCGCCUCUGCUGAGCAGCAGCAAAUAAUCAGGCAAGAGGGAGAGUUGAACGACAAUUUCUGGGAGGAGCUUCUGAACGAAGGGCUUGGUGGUGAGGAGAACGACAGCCCGGUCAUUGAGGACGACAUGAAUGUGUUGUCGGAGAAGAUGGGUUAUCUCAACUCACAUAGCCCAACAGCUAGGAAAUAGUCCCAUUCCAUCACACCACAUUGCUGUAAACUUCCGUCUUGUGUAUUUGACUGAAUUUAGUUGAACUUCUCCCUGCUACUGGCAUGGCAUAGCACACCAUCCCUCUCUGUGUAUUCAACUGACCGUAUUGAUUUGUUCAUUAUUACUUAUUAGGCCAUGUAGGCUGUCAGCCAUGUAAAUGAGUAAAGAUAUUGAUGAUGAUCCAUACAUGUUCUGUUUUGUUCUGUCCGUGUUGUCAAGUCUAUGACUCUAUGACUCUGUAGUUGUGCCUAGUGCAUGGCUGUAUUCUGUGUUCUUGUAAUAACAUCUACUCUUAAU